AUUUAAUUAUAUAUAUUUGAUAUUAAUAUUUUUUAAAUUCAUUUUAUAUGUGUUUUAUAUUACUUGUGAUCUUUUUGUCGGAUGAAGGAAAGCAGAAGAAAAAACUGCUUUUAUCAGUGUCGGGGCCCGUCUAGCGACCCUGUUAAUGAGUAAUUUUCUGGCAAGUAUCCCGCAACGCAUGCGGAACUUCACAGGAAUGAGAUAGAGCCGCUAUUCGAGACGCCGUCGUAAAUAUUAUGCAAUCGCAAUUAAUAGCUUUCGUGUGCUUACCGAGAUAUCGUACACGCGCGAUCGUGCGACAACUGUGACACAUAUGACACGCAUAUUAUAGGCAUUUAGUCGUGCGUAUAAAAUUAUUUAACGUUAUUUUAACGUUAUUUUUCUAAUCUACCUCUUUGACAGCGUCAAACUGCGAUGUACGUAAAUUUGUAAAUAUCAUAAAUGAUUUUAAAUAUCAAAAAUACAUAGUCCAAACCAUCGUUCAAAAUAAAGCGCCAACGCGUAACUAUUAAGUUAGAACAAUAAGCGAAAAUAUAGAAAGUGACACUAUUAUAUCAAAUACAUAUAUUCUUACAAAUUAUUGUUCUUACUAAAUUUAAAAAGAAGCCUAUUAUUUCGUCAGAUAUAAAAAUUAUUUCGAAGCAUUAAUGUAAUCGAAAUAGAAUGUAAAACACAAAAAAAUCUUUAAAGUUUUCUUUUUACGCGCGCCCACCAUUGCUAUUUCCUUCUUCCGCUUUAUAAUUUAAUUUAUUAUCGUUUAUCUUGAAUAACAUGUGAGAUAACAUCUGGUAAUCUCUCGGUUACGUUAUUAUGCGCUAUGAGAAUCUAAUGUUAUGCUUGUCGAUUAAACGUUUGAACUUCCGACUGGUCAUAACGCCAGUGCGAAAGCUUUCCGCGGCCCUCGAGGCCGAAGGGCUUUUAGGUACUAAUUUUAUGUAAAGUUAUGAGACGUUGCGGCGCGCUCCGAUGUGCCAUCAUGUUUCCCGCAGGUGCUAUAAUCGAGAGGUUGCGCUUCACACAGACGCCGCGCUGCAGUAUAACUAAAUAUUCAGACUCCAGAAAUUCCGUUUCUUUUGGAGAUGAUAGAGCACCGAAAAUAAGCUACGAUGCUUUCAAGCUCCAUGAAAAGUUAACACGUAGGCAAGUGAAAAAUAAAUAUAUAAAAUCGAAAGCGGUGAAAUUUUAAAAAAAGUUCGAACAAAAUGAAAUAAAGAAUAUAUGGGGAAGAAUAAUUUAAUUGUUGCUGUAAUACCGUUGUAUACCACUUUAUAUUCGUGAUUUGAGAGCAAACAAGUUCUAUUGCUAUAUUGUUAUAGUAAGAUCUUGCUGACAAAACAGGAAAAUUUAGCUGAGUAAAUUUGUUCAUAUGAAUUAAUUUUGUUGUAUCAACAAUAAUUCUCAAAACUCGAAUUAAUUACAAAUGCCACGAAAAGAUAUCGUCGUAUAAAUAAGUUGCAACAGACACUAUGCGCGCCUUCAGCGGCGAAGUGUUUAUGGCGUCAUAAAAAAAUAAAAAUAGGAAACAUUUUUACGGGCUGAUCAUUAAAGCCGACUCGGCGAGGCAACGAAGAUGUCCGCCAAUUAAUGUCUGUAGCCUCACGUAACUAUAACUCUCCGCCGGUACGUACAACGCGAUGGGUAUAUCGAGUUAUCCUCGUCUGUUCAAGUUUUCCUUUCUUUUCGCGCGUUUAUCGUUGUAAGAGAGAGAAAUUAUUUAUUCUCCCAUAUUCAAUGGCACGAAAUUACGAGUCAUAAAAUUAUAGAAGAUACAAGUUAUAAAUUAAAGGAAGAAGGCUAAAAGUCACGGCAAAAAGUUAUAGAAGUAAACAAAUUUUUAAGUCAUCAAAAUUAAAAGUUCUUGAUGAAAAUGAUGAAAACUACGUAUAUUUUUAAUUAUAUCAAGGUCUUCAUUGAAUGCGAUUUUAAUAGCAUUCAAAAUUAUAUAUUACAUUGUUAUUUGGACAAUUAUUGUUUGAUAUCACUUUCUACUGCUUCUUGUGUUUUAUUAUGAUUAUUCGCUUUUCUAAUUAAGAGGAAUUAUAAUUCUUUAUGGAAUCUUAUUACAAGUGAUGUUUAAAGAAGUGAAUAAAUCCAUUUACUGACAGGUAAGAUUAUCAUGUUAUAUGGUAUUACAAGGAGCGACUUUCAAACGCUUAUAAUGGUUAAUGAUAGAUAUUUUCGAACAUAUUGAGGGUAUUAUGAAACAAAAAUUUUACAGCUAAAAAUAAACCACUAAAUCUAUAAAUCAAAUCCACAAAUCGGUAAUAAAGGAAUACAUAAUUACUAUACAAGGCAAGUGUAAUAAUUAUGUGUUUUAUUGUCUGAGACAUACGGUAUAAGCUCAAUAAAUUGAUGUUUUUACCGUUCAGUCUGUUGGUCCUUACUGUAAAUAUUGCUGGUAUGAUAUAAAGUUUAGUGCCUGUUUGAAACUGACUGAGAAGAAAGACUAAUUGUAACUGACUGACAUGAUUGUGACUGAAAUAUUUAUUACUGACCUAGGAUAAACCCUUUAAUAAAGACUGACAAAAAAGAAGACAAUAAGGGGAAGAAGAAAUAAAAACGGUCUUGAUACAAAAAAAUAAAGCUGCGUGGACAUAAUCAUAAUAAAUAAAGUGAAAAUUUAAUGAAAAUAUUACAUUUAUUGUUUUUAUUUAAAAAUAUAACAAUAGAAAUUUGUGUUUGGAAAAAAUGGUUUGAAACUAAAUGAUUGAAUAAAAGAUGUUAAUGUCUAGUCGAAGAAUAAUAAAAUUCGUGGCUUUUUUUUUUUUUUUUUUUUUUUUUUUUUUUUUUUUUUUUUUGUAAAAAUGAGAAGUCUCAUCUUCCUAGUAAACCGUACUCUGAGUAGAAAUGUACCCAAUGUUACCAUGUCUUGACAAGGUUUCCUUCGGAUUUACUUUAAUAGGUUUGAUAUGAAUAGGGCACAAACGGGAACGAAUAAAUUUUUUUUAUUAUUAAUUAACGAUGUUAUUUUAGUCGGGAUUUGAUAACGAACUUCUAAGGAUAUUUUAAAUAAAAGUUCAAUAAGGUUGCAAUCGUAUACGUCUUUGUUAAAACUUGAUCAUAUAAGUAAUAUUGAUCUAAUCUAAGCAAUAUCUGAGCAUUGAAUUUAAUUUACUCUCAAUUCAAUUCUUGUAUGAUUGCAUUAUUUAAAAAAUCAUACAAACUUCCUGUUAACGUUGUUACAUUUUCCAGUGAUCCAUUAAGUCCAAUGUUGUAAACAACACUAUACUUUUGCAUUUCAGAUCUAUUGUUACCUAUUUAUUAUCAAUCGUGCUUUACAUCAUUGUGAAAACAUUAUCGCAAGGUUCAUUUGAGAGAUAAAAGUACAAAUGGAAUUUAACUCAUUUAAUCGGUAAAUAAGGCUUGCAUGAGGCUCAGUUUCUAAUCGGGAUUAUAUCAUUUGUACUUGAAAUCAACGUAUUGGAUAGAAGAGCAAAAAAAAAAAUUAUAAAGAAAAUUAACCACACGCACUCACACAUAGGAAGUAAUAUUACUAUCGGUGGUAAUAUUCUUAAAAAAAGCGCAAAAAGGAAAAAAAAAAGAAGAAAGUGGCGAAAUAAAGAAAAGAAAAUACUUGCAUUUUUAAAAUUUUUCUUUGAUAGUAUGUUAGGUGUUUUCGGAUUGAGUUCUAUAGUACAACCUAGACCGAACCAGGAAGGUACAGCUCAAUUUUGAAAAAAGAACAUGCAUAUCUUGGUUGGCUUGGUCUUUUUGUCAGCAGUUCUUUGAGUGGUCUAUGUCUAUUCUUUAACAGUUGGUCACGAUUUCUUACUUUAGUAUAGGGAAGGCUCGCUUCAGUUGUAUAGAACUCAAAGGGUUUUCGAGAAUAAUAAUGUGAUUCUUUUCAAAAUUAAAUGUUGUAGAACAAUUUUAUUUUAUUCUUGAAAAAUUGUUCUUUUUUAAUUUUUUACCCCUCAUCCAAACAAAUAUAAUUAAUCUUCUCUACUUCCUCAUAUGACUCGUGUACGUGACUCGAAAAAUUAAUUUAGCCAAAAUUUACAAGAGAAAGUUAUUUCUUGUGCGUGUAUCACACGGUUUAUAGAAUUUUCUUUUUUUUAGUGCAUAUAAUGAAAUUGCUUUUAGCUCGCUAACACGAUAGGACGUUAAAUUUAAAAUAAAACGAAUUUAAUACAAUUAGACAAUUAACGUUUAAAUCAAAAUUAUAUUUGAAUUUUGCGUUUGUAGUUAGAAAUAUUUAAAAAAUAAAGAAAAACGGAAAUAAACACGGGAUAAUGAGUCAUAUACAGUAUUGCUGUGAAAAUGUAUUUGUACUGAAUGUAUAUGUACAUAACUGAACAAUCACAAAAUAUACGAAAUGUACGUUUUGCCCUAUAUAAGGGCUCUUAUUCGAACCCUUCUCAGCAAUCUGAUGCAACGUAAAAUAUCAAAGAAAAGUUGUAAAAUAAAUUAUUUCAACUUAAUAUAUCGUCAGUAAUGUUAAAAUUUCCAUGACAAUGAAUUCAUUUAAGCGAAACACUGGAAUGCGCGUAAAAGAUGUUGGACAAAAAACACGCAAUUUCCUUUAAAAAAAGGGUUUCGUGACUAAUUUCUAUACAAAGAAAAAAAUUUUUUUGCUUUAUUGAAAAAAUUACAGAAUUUUAAUAUUUAUUGGGAUUUUAAGAUUUUUAAUAGACAAAGAAUCUUUCUUUUGAAAUCAAUAUCCACACAGUCAAAACAUUCUACAUAAAUAAUCUCUCAAUUUUUCUUUUAACUUUGAACAUCAAACUUCAAUUUAUAUUUGUACAUAAUAUUGAUUUUAACCUUUUACAUUGAAGAGACAUAGAAUCUCUUGAAGGUGCUUGAAUUUUAUUUUUUAAUUUUUACAUGCCUAAAAUAAAUAACUAAUACUUUAUUAGUUGCAGAAAUAACGACAAUAUUAUUUAUUUUAGUCUAAAAGCUUGAUAUUAAUAUCGUUUUUUAAUUUUUAAAGUACAAAAGAUUCGAAAAAUUUACUUGUCUUAUAUUAAUUUAUAUAUCAGAGUUAACAUAUAUUUGAGUAUAUACUGAGCCUUGCGUCCUACUGGACAUGAAAAAAUUAAAAUUUGUGAACUUGAAUUUUUAGCAUUUAACACUCUAUUGAAGAGCGUUACUGUAAAAAAUGUAUUGAAUUGAAGAUAAUUUACUUUUGAGAAAAAACUUCGGAGUAUCUAUAAAAAAAUAAAAAUGCAGUUGUGUAAUAGCAUGACAAGUCAUUUAGCUAACGUCCUAUUAUUAACGUUAGUGUCAAUGCUUUUAGUUAUUGCGCGAUCGAUUAGACCCAACAAAUGGACUGAGUAUAUUGCUCUAUUUAGUAGUAUAUUGCCGCAAUAAAAAUAAAUAUAAAGUAGUAAUCAAAUGCUUGACACCGCAAAAUGGUUGGGUAGUGAGCAUCUGUUAUUACAACAAAAAAUUAAUUCAUGUCCAAUAUCGUGUUAAAAAAAUAUUAUAUUCGUUAAAAUUGUAAUACUAUAUAGAAACAUUUAUUUUAAUUUUAUCAUUUAUAUCUUGAUAUUUUCUGCCUAUAUUAAUAUUUGAAAAUUGUAACUUUAAUAGUAAAAUUUUAUCAUAGUUGGAAAUGUAAAUACGGAUUAUUAUUGCAAACAUUAUAAUAUUAUAAUAAUAAUUAUAAAAGUGGAGUUUUUAAUUAUUAUUUUACCAAUUAUAAUCACAAAUCUAAUGUUUUUCUUUUUCUUAGUGCACAGGCGUAUAAUCUUAUUACAUAAAUGAAAUAGAGAAAGAGUUCUACACAUCAUUUUGUAAAGCUAUUAUUUAAUACAGACAUUAAUAUCAUAUUCAUGGAACGUAGGGGCACAGAAUGCUUUAUUUGCAAUAACAUUUUUUAGUAAAUAGCUGUAGGAUGAACAGCGUAUAAUCGCGCGUAAUAAAUUAAAUUACGAAGAAAUGAAACAAGAUUCAAAAAAACAGAAAUUAAGAAGCCAUUUUAAUUAUCUAAAAAUAUAUUCAACUGUCUCACGUUAUCAACAAAUUAUUGUAGAAAAAUUUUUGAAAAUAGCUUUCAAAUUUAAACUUAGGUCUGAGACACUACAUGAGACCUACGACACGUAAUAGGUCACGCAUUUUGAAUCAAGAAAAAUUUAUCGUUCUUUGUUUGAAGUGCUUCCAAUUUUCUUCUACGAAAGGCAAAACUAAAGCGAUGGAACACAAUAGAAAGUGUCAUAACUGUGGUCAUAAUUUGUACCUCGAUUUUCAUGUCCAUCAUAUAAAUCAAACCUCAUAAUACAACAAAGAAAAAGGAGUCCGUAACAAAUUCCUGUUUCAAUAUUUUUAACUGAUGUGCGCAACAAUGUCUAACUGUUUCUUAAGACCAGAUCUUCUUUAACCCUUUCGAGGUACCUUCUAUUGAAAUUACAUACCACGUCAAUGAUUCAAUUUCGUUUUAACAUUAAAGCUCGACGAAGAUUUUUAAAAGAAAAAAAAAAUUAGUUGCGCUACCUGAACUGGCAACAAGAAUUUAUAAAUAGUUGAAACAGCUAAACUUGUGUACCGCUAAAAUUUAGUUACCACACACAAAUUUUUGCUGUUGUAAUUAAUUACAACUAAUCUUUUUUUCAAUUAAGAAUUAUAUAUAUAUAUAUAUAUAUAUAAAAUUUUGUUUAGACAUAUAUGCGAUCAGCAUUAAUAGCAUUAAACUGUACUAUGCAUGAGCGACUUGAAUGCGUUACGUAAUAACAUAACUUUCAAGUAUGUGACGCGAUGAAAAAAAUUAUUAUGUGAUUCUAAAAUUAGGUAGUUUAUUAAUAGAAAAUGCGUGAGCUUUUCUCAAAACAUAAUCAGAAACUUAAGAUUAUAUCGAGUUAUAUAUCUGCAAGAGUAAAGUAAGAAAAGUCAUUGACUUAUCAGCAUCAUUCAGCAUGAGUAGUUUGUUACACACUCGCCUCUUAUUAAACACAUAGCGUUCCCACUUCAACUUAAGUAAACGUAAUAAACAAUGAUUAUCGAUCUUAAUCGCAAUGGCGAUAAACUUGAGUUUUCGGUUCUAAAUCAUCUAAGCGGCGAAAUGAUUUAUGAACCUCUCGUAUAUGCGGUUUAUAAGUGUUAUACAUCCCGGAAUCGCACACGAUUUUGUUACGACCACGCAAUAAAAUAAUAUAUUACAUGAAUGCACUGAUUAAUACUGUAGAUACUGCGGAUACUGUAGAUAUACGAUACGUGUACCGUGCCGUGAUUUAUGUGCCACUCUGUGAUAUCAAAGUAUCAUUUCUUAUUAAAACAAGAUCUUAAAACACGAUAUAAAAAUAUAAUGUACAAAUUGUGUUUUAUUAAUAAUGAUGUAUUAAACUUUAAAGUAAAAUAUUUUCUUUUUAGAAACAAUUACAUUUUGCUAUACAUAUUUUUAGCAAAUACUAUUCCGAUUUAAACAAUAACAAAAAGUAAAAUUAAUUUAGAAUAUUCUUUGGAUAUCUCUGGAUAUCACAUUUUGUAAAUAAUAAACCAUCCAAUAAAUUGUUCAAUAAACAAAUUUAAAUAAAAUAAGCUAUUAUGAAUUGCUGAAGAUGAGGUAUAUUUAUGUUUCGAAUAUUCACACACACACAUUUCAUAAUAUUAGAUGCAGUAUUUUUAAUAGAGGAACAAAAAACAUAUAAAAGAUCUCAUUAAGUAUUAAAUUUAACUCGAAAACUAUAGAAUAAAAAGAUAUGAAAAAAAUAUAAAAAGAAGAAAAUGUCAUUUUCUUACUAUAAUCUAGGUGUCUUUUAUAUUAUAAUUGGUUCUAAUUAUUACCGCGACGUCACUUUCGUCAGUCCGUGUCAAACUCAAUAUUAAAUUUUAAUAUGUAAUAAACAAAUAAUUAAUUUUUGUUUAUUGCAUUAGAAGAUUAAAGAUGAAUUCUGUCUUUGCAAUGGAAUCGACAAGGAGAGCAAUCGAUUAAUUUUCUGAAAAAUAUAUGUAUAAAGAUCAGCAACAGUCUUAUCAAGAAGGUGGAGCUACUCGAGCCGGCUUCCCUCUCUUGUUCCUGGUUCUCUUUUUGUAGGCGGGCGACAUUCCUACUGUUCGGCGACGUUCUCGUUGGACACCAUUACGUUGGGUGCCGGAUGUAGAUUGGUCGUUCGAUGCCGCUCGGCAGGGGCGGAGCCUACAAGCAGAUCCCCACCAAACCGAGACUGUUGGAUUUACUCCUCUAGCUAGUAAACGUUGGAGUUACGUUGGCAGUUCAAUAUCGAUAUCGGACAAAAUGCAUUCGUCGGGAAUUGGCAACAACAACAUUCUUAUGUUUUAACAGUGUCGUUGUUUUCAUUGUUUGUGCUAAGUGCCGUGAAUAUAUGACAAUUUACAUUUGUCUACGAUUUUUUUCAAUUAAUGUGACUUAAAUUAUUGUGUAAUUUGAAGAAACAGACGUUUGUUUAUUACAUAAGCUAAGUCCAAUUUGCAUGAACCGACAUGCCAUCGUUUCGUGACGACAUUAUCUCUGGAGAACCCUCGAACGCCAUAUCGAACCUCAGCAACAUCACGAACAUGAUGCCACAUUAUAAUCAAACGAGCCUUGCAUAUCGCCAACAACACCAACAGGUCGCUGAUAACCAACAGCAACAUCAACUGAUAAUGCAACAAACGCAUCAGCAAACAUCAGCGCAACAGGUUCAGCCACACACCGCGGUUGCGGUUGCGGCUCCCGCCACCAUUGAAGGUACCCAAUACUGGUAUGGAUAUCCAUCCAGAGCUAUACCCGCGACACCGGCGUUGCAUCCUCAACAUCAGUCAAGUUCAAUUCCCCCGCAGUUUUUUAAUCAUCCGGAAAUGCUGCCCGGAUGGCACUACACGACACAGUACUCGCCAUAUCUACAGUAUCAGCCGCAACAUCUACAUUUUCAGACACAAUCGCAAUCGCAGCAUCAUCAAGCACAAGAACUGGAGCAACAUUCACCGUCGGAACAGCGCAUCCAGCAACAUUUAUCACAUCUACAUCUGCACAAUUCGUCGCCCGAACAACUCUAUCAACAUUCAUCUCCACAACAACAUCUCCAACAUAAUUCGCCGCCUCAACAAGUCUGUCAACAGCAUCCGUCACCCCAUCAAUUACAAAAUUCACCACCUCAACAAAUCUGUCAACAGCACAGUCAACAACUGACCACUUCAUCGCCACAGCAAUUGCAACAAAAUUCUCCGCCUCAAUCGAAUUCACAGCAGCGGAUUCAGCAACGGUUGCCCAAACAUCAGUUGGAGGAAAGUUCGCCGCCGCAAUUCUUUCAACAAAAUUCACCGCCAAUUGUGGAAUGUUUCCAGUCACAAAUGUCAUCAAGGGAAAAUGAUAUUUUUUACAAACGACGGAUGUUAAAAUGGAGCAUCAAAAAUAUGAAUAUUGAUGUGACCAUCCGCAAUCAGUAUCCAUCAGCGACCGCACGAAUGAACGGCAACGUUGCCGUGGACGGUAAUAUGAACGGUAGUAUAAAUGGCAGUUUGAAUGGCAGUCUGAGCAGUAAUCAUAGCAACAAUAGCACUUCUCCUACAACAUCACCGAAUUUCCAUAUUGUACCAUACGAUGACUUGCCCUGUACGUCUCGCAACAUAAACGUACCAUCCACAUCUAGCAAUACAAACUUGCUGCCUACGAGCAUGACUCUGCCGUCCACAUCUAGAGAUAUGCCAUCCGCAUCCAGAGAUAUGCCGUCCACAUCCAGAGAAAUGCCGUCUACAUCCAGGGAUAUGUCCUCCACGUCUAGAGAAAUAUCAUCUGUCUCAAGACGUCAUCAAUUAUACACGCAUAGAAUCCAAGGAAGAAGGAGUCCAUACGAAUGGAUGAAAAGGCCAUCGUAUCAAAGUCAACCUAAACCAGGAAAGACUCGCACAAAGGACAAAUACCGCGUGGUCUACACGGACUAUCAAAGACUAGAACUGGAGAAAGAAUUUCAUAUGAAUCACUACACUACCAUCAAACGCAAGGCGGACCUCGCUGUUCAACUCGGUCUCACGGAACGUCAGAUAAAGAUCUGGUUUCAAAACCGACGGGCGAAACAGCGGAAGCUGGCAAAGAAGCAGGAAGAGCAAUUAAGAGAGCGGCAGAUGAGAGUGCAAGACGUCACGACGGCGGCGGCCUCGUCGGUAGAGGUGGCUGGAGGAAUGAUGGGUUACGCUGUUAACGGAGCGGAGAUGGGCGGGAUGCUGGGCGGACCUCACAUUGGUAUGAUGCAGACCAACGAGAGCACCUCUUCCGCGCCGCUCUCGGCGACGUCGACGUCGUCGACGUCUCUACCCACGUCAACACCUUUGCCCACGUCGCAACUUACGUCGCAACCCGCGUCACUGCCCACGACACUGCCUAUGCAGCAAUACCCGGGCCAUUCUAAUUCAAUGUAAAGGGAUUUACACGGUGUGCCGAGAAUCCCGAACUUCCCGGAAGAGAACGGCGAGGUCCGCCUCGCGUUUGAUAGUGCAGUGAUUCAUACAAGAUUGGGCGAUGUAAGUGGGAAGACGGUGAGAUAGAUAUAUUCAUCGUCUACCAUUUCGAGCACAACGUACGCUGCCCGACAAAGUUUUUGUUCCUAGGCACUCUUCGCGAGGUAAGGGGAACGUAAAAAAUAAUCAUGGUGCUAUCAGCCGGUAGCGGUUGACUGGACAUAUUUAUCGAUCUAAUUAUUGAUCGCUGUAAAUUAGUCGCUAGAUCGAGAGAAGUCUACGUCCUCCACACCUCGUGAAGGGGGUACCUAGGAACGAAUCAUUGUCAGGGGCAGUUUACAAAGGGUUCAUGAACAGAUAAGUAAAUUGACCAUACCGUCGCAUAAGAUUAAUUAAUAUCGCAGGCACACAAAAAGUGGUCUGAUACCCCACUAACCAAUCUCUAUCUAUUUUGACGUGCUGACUUGGAUCCCAGUAUCGGACAACUUCUUUUGUGUGCCUGUAUAUUUAAUAAUUAGGACGCGUAAGGUAAUUAAAUGUAGCUCACACAUGAUACAAAACGGCUUGUGAUAAGCGACCGUUGUUAAACGGAUCGUUCGUGGAUUGCAGAUCGUGGGAAAAACGCUUUGAUCUCACACUAAUCUCUCGUCUCGGAUUCACGUCCACGGCGAUCCCCGUUAAUAUGACGGUCGUGCUUUCGAUAUUUUACGUUUUUACACCGCUCGGCAUACCGUUUAUUCCACAAGAGCCUAAACCGAAAAUAAGUGUCGAACGUAGACUGCAUGUGAAUGUCUUUGCACUUGGCAUUUCCGAAUAAAAUCUAAGUGUACAUUUGUGUCGUGUAUCUACUGUCUCAAUUGUAGAGUGGAACGUCACUCUAAAAGAGUGAAAAUUGUGCAGUGCUUGAAUAAAAGAGUUCACUCUUGUAAAACUAAAUAAAACUUGUAGACGCAGCUAUACCAUUUAGUUCUACAUAAGUGAAUAUUAAUUUCUAAUAGAAUGAUAAAUCACUCAUUGCACAAGCUCAUUUCUCACUCUCUCAGAGUAACUUUUUACUCUACAAGAUUUAGAGAGUAGAUAUUCAAAUGCAGCCUACUACAUGAUCGCAUUUCGUAAUUUCGUACCUGAAUAUUAAAAGAGAAGGAGGGGGGAAUUGAGGGGAGAGGUUAAAAAUAGAGAGUUUGUUUGACUAUCCCGAUAAUAGGAAGAUCCGACCGUCUGCGUGAAUCAAGAAUUGCGCGCAUGGUCUGACGUUAAUUUUAAGACAAGGAUAGUAGUAUCCAAAAAUAACCGAGUUAUUCAAACACAUUUAUUAACUCUACUACAUGCAAAAAGACUUCUUUGUAAAUAACUUACAAAGAAAUAUAUAAUUUCUUAAUUAUAACAUUGCACGAAUUUGUUUUCCAUCGACACAAAAUGACGUUGAAAAUUAACUGUGAAAAGCAGUUGAAUUUUACUUGUCUCUUUACCGUGAUUGUUCCAAUUAUGAUCUACAUGCACGCAUAUUGUUCCAUAUAUAAAUAAAUAUGUAUUGAGUAUAUAUUUUUUUAUAUAUAAAUAAUAGGAGUAUAUGCAGCAAUCUCACAGUUGAAGAGUUAAUCGGAUUCGGAUCGAAUUUAAUUUGGCUUAAUUUAAUUUAAUUUAAAAAAAAAACGAAACCAAACAAUCUGAAUGCUCGAAAAAUUUGGAUAUCACUCAUAUAUCACUAGUCAACGUAAUUUAUGCGUAUUUUCGCAUUUACGGCAUCCGUAAAUGCAAAACGCAAGGUGCGCACUACGUGCACGAAGACGUGCGCAUGUCACAUGUUAAAAAAAAAGUGAAAAGUGCGUGCUUGACAUCACACAAAUUAUUCCUUCCAUUUGUUGUGAUCGUUAGGUUUUUUUUCCGUAUCGACAUUAUCCGCGCGUGCGAAAACACAUAUUUUCACGUUUGUCACGGCGCGUUGGCGUCCUUUUCAUUUUUUUGGGCUGGACAAAUCGGCACAUCCAUAGUCACGUCGCGUCAUUCUAUUGUAACUCCAUACAAUUUUAUUAUAUCGAGUGUCUACCCUUUUUUUUUAUCGUCGUCGCGCAAAAACUAAUAAAUGAGUGCUCAGCUUCGAUUAUAAUAAUCAUAAACAAAGAAAAAUGCGGAAAAAAUAAUUGCCGUUUAUGGAUAGCGAUCGGAUUGCGACGAUUGCUUUAGUUUGGCAGUGAACUGUUUUUGUUAAUUAUAAAUAUAUCUGUCGUAAAUACAUUUGUAUAUAUAAAUGAAAUUAAGAAAGAUAUGUGCCUUAAAGUGAAGUAAGUGACUCGAGUAAAAUGGAUAAUGUCGAUAAAAGGAUAAUUAUCUCUAAUUUCGAUACCUUAAUGUAAUGGCAUAAUAUAAUAGCGCUACGUUUGUUAAUAGUGAAGCAAAUGUUGCUUGAAUAUUACGACAACGAAGUACGUGAAGUCUAUAUUUUCCCUAGACUUUUCGUACGUUUCUUAUAGCGAGUAUAUUUACACGACGCAAAAGUGGCGAUCACUUCGACAGAACGCCAUCUCCGCAAUUGUAAAAUUAGCAAAUAAUAUUGUUCAUUGUUUUGUAACAUGAGAAAGAUAUACCGAUGUAAUAUUUAGACCCCCGUGUAACUAAUAUUAAAAAUAAAUCUUGUCUGUUAUAAUCUUUUUUAAUCUA